AUGCCCGUCGGUAAAGAGGCGAACGCCCGUUCCCGGCCCGCUGAGGGCAGGACGAGCGCACAGAGGAUGCGCCAGGUGGCCCGCAGGCAGCCCGAGGAAGAGCCGCAGGGCAGCCCGAGCCAGGCCUCGUCCCGCCAAAGAAUCACCGUGCCACGGGUGCCCUACCAGCAGAGGUUUCGCCCUGUUAUCAACCAGCAGACGGGCAGCCUGGGGCACCGAGUGGUGCUGCCCCGCAGCAGCGGCGCAACGCAGCAGCAGACGCUUCGUCUGCCACCAGUGGUGGCAAUGACACCCCUGCCACCGCCUCGCUCACAGACACCCAUGAGCAGCUCCCGCAGGCUGCCAACUGUGGCAAGGAGGCAGGAACCCCGCCAGCAGCCAGCGGCACAGCAGGAGCCACCACGCAGCAGGGCUGCCGGGACAAGCACAAGAACAGCCACUGUCCAGGCAGCCAAGAGCAGCAAGGCCCCUGCCACUCAGCCCACACUGAGAAACGCUGGGAGAGUGGCCGAGCACCUGCCAGCCAUGCUGACGACGGGCAGCAAGGACAGCCUCAAGACCAGGUCGCUGGGGCUACACCACAAGGUGCUUCCACAGCGUCUGCCCCCGCUGCCCAGCAAGAUCAACCCUAGGGAGCAGCCAAAGGGGAGCUGCCUGCCCAGAGCUACUAAGGAGAAACUGGCACCUCUCCCUCCAGCGGCACCAGCACGAGCUUCCCAUGGCUUUGGCAAGCAGGAGGCCACAGCGCAGAGACAGAGACAGGCACCUGCCCCGCAGAGCGGCAGAGGAUUCAAGGCAGCUCUGCAGGUCACAGGCACAGGCAAAGAGAGGAAGCCUCUGCUCCCACCUGUGGCCGUGCCCCAGAAAACCAAGAAGAGGCAGGUGGAACAGAAGGACAUGACCAAAAGCCUGCCCGGGGCCAAGGUGGCAAUGCCACCUGCAACACUCAAGUCGCCUGGGGCAGCAAAGCCUCAGGGGGAGCACAGCAGAACCCUUGCCUGCCUGGCAGCGGACGAGGGGAAAGCUGCAGCUGCCCUGGCAGAGAUCCCUGGGGCAGAGGCUGUCACACCCCACCUUGCCCCCGCAGCACAUAAAGAAGGAGACGCCGCCGCUUCUCCUUUGCCUCAGGAUGCUCAGCACCCAGUGACUGAGGCACGUGCGGGCGGCACCACAGAUACCGAGGUGCAGGAAGGAGCUGCCUCCCCGGGGCUGCGUGUGGGAGGGAGAUUCCUGGUGCUCCCCAAGACAGAGGAGAGGAGAGCCGGCCUGCAUGGGCAGCUGGAUGGCCCUGAGGAGCGGGACCUCCAACACAGACACGAGGAACCGAGGGCUGGGAAGGAGCAGGAAGAGGAGGACCAAGGAAGGGAAGAGGACAGAGAACUGUCCCAGCUGCAGGAUGCCACCAACUGCAACAUUUGGAUCAAAGCCUCGAUCCUGGAGAUCUUCCAGCCCCCCGAUGUGGAUCCCCUGAAGGGGAACGACGAUGAAGGAGAAGCAGCAGCUUCUCCCUCAGCUCAUGACUCUGAUUGCCAGGAGGCGCCAGCAAACCUGGCCAAGGAACAGACGGAGGAGGUGAAGGAGUCCUCAGAAUGCGACUGGGACAAAGAGCUGUCCCAAGGGGAAGCCAUCACCAUAGGGGACAUCUAUGUCAACCCCUUGGUGCCUGAGCUCUCCCAGGCACCCCGCGCGGGACCCCAGGAGGGAUCCAGCAUCCCCAGCAGCGUGGGCACAGCCGCAGCAGGAGAGGCAGCAGAAGAGGCAGCGGAAGAGACAGCUGGAGACCUGCAGAGCCUGUCUCCUGCCCUGGCCAGACCCACAGACACCGAGCCAGCAGCUCCCACCCUGCCUGCAGCUGCUGAGCAAGAGCAGCACCGCACACCUCUCGCUGCCCUGGCACAAGAGGACGAGGAGGCACCGGCACCAGCUUCCCCUGGCUUUGACGAGCCGCAGGCAGCAGCACAGGCACCGAGACAGGCACGUGUCCCGCAGAGCCUCGCAGUACGUGACACAGCUCUGCAGGUGAUAUCCACACCCACAGAGUGGGAGCCUAUGGUCCACUCUGUGGCUGUGGUCAGGGGAACCGAACAGCAGCCUCUGGAACACCGGGACACUACACAGUGUUUGUAUGUGGCGGUGCCCACAAGCAGUCCUGCAGCACUUGAGGACUCUGGGUCUCAUGUGGCCACAGCCCCUCCCGCUACUGCAGCAGCAGGAGGUGUACAAGACAUGGUGUCACCCGUGUUGGGAGAACAGCAAGAAGAGGCCACCAGUGCUGUUGUCUCCCCAGCAGCAGAAAAGGGUGAAACGACAUUUUCAUCGACAGAGCUCCCAGGGGCAGAGGCUGCGACACCCCACCUUGCCCCAGGAGCAGGCAUAGAAGGACAUGCAGCUGCUUCUCCCUCAGAUCAGGAAUCUCAGCCCCCAGUGACUGAGGCGCAUGUGCCCAGCACCACAGGUCUCGAGGUGCAGGAGGCAGGUGCCUCCCCCAGGCUGCGUGUGGCAGAGACAUUCCUGGUGAUCGCCUGGACAGAGGUCCUGGAGGGGCAGAAGAGGAGCAGCACUGCCAGCAGCAGGCACAGUCUGGACAGGCAGAGGACAGCCAGCCUGCUUGGGCUGCUGGGAGGCCCUGAGGAGAGGGAGCUCCAGCUGCAAGACAGCCAGAGGCAAUAUUGCUGCCCGAGACACAGAGCGUUGUUCCAGUACCUACAGGAGGAACUGCCCACUGAGAAGGAGCAGGAAGAGGAGAACGACCACAAAAGGGAAGAGGACAGAGACCAACUGCUGUCCCAUUUGCUGGACGUCAUCAAGGGCAACAUACGGACCAGAGCCCUGGUCAAGGAGGUGAAGGAGUCCUCAGAACGUGACUGGGACAAAGAGCUGUCCCAAGGGGAAGCCAUCACCAUACGGGACAUCUAUGUCAACCCCUUGGUGCCUGAGCUCUUCCAGGCACCCCGCGUGGGACCCCAGGAGGGAUCCAGCAUCCCCAGCAGCGUGGGCACAGCCGCAGCAGGAGAGGCAGCAGAAGAGGCAGCGGAAGAGACAGCUGGAGACCUGCAGAGCCUGUCUCCUGCCUUGGCCAGACCCACAGACACCGAGCCAGCAGCUCCCACCCUGCCCGCAGCUGCUGAGCAAGAGCAGCACCGCACACCUCUCGCUGCCCUGGCACAAGAGGACGAGGAGGCACCAGCACCAGCUUCCCCUGGCUCUGCAUCCUGUGUCGCAGAGCAGGCAGCAUCUCAGGCACCUGCCCCAAGGCGGCGCACACUUAGAGAGAGAGCUCUGCAGCUCUCAUUCGUGCGCAAAGUACUCAGGAGAGCAUCUGAAAACCAUCAAGGUGAGGCCAGCAGUGCCCCUGCCUCACGGGCAGCACAAGAGGAGGAACCACCAGUGUCACCUGCAGCAGUUCAGGACACUGAGGACGAGUCAGCAAACUCGGCCAAGGAACAGACAGAGGAGGUGAAAACCGAGUCACAAAAUGACAGGGACAAAGAGCUGUCCCAGGAGGAAGCCAUCAGCGUACGGGACACCUAUGGCGACACCUCUGCACCAGAGCUCUCCCAGGCCCGCCACGCGGGUCCCCAGGAGGGAUCCAGCAGCCCCAGCAGUGUGGGCACAGCUGCAGCAGGAGAGGCAGCACGAGACACAGCACGAGAGGCUGCUGAGGAGCUACAGAGCCUGUCUCCUGCCCUGACUGGACCCACUGACACUGAGCCAGCAGCUCCCACUCUGCCUGCAGCUGCUGAGCAAGAGCAGCACCGCACACCUCUCGAUGCCCUGACACAAGAGGAGGAGCUGGUACCAGCUUCCCCUGGCUCUGAACCCUACGACGCUGAGGAGGCAGCAUCACAGGCACGUGCCCCAAGGCAGUGCAUACUUGCAGACAGAGCUCUGCAGGUCUCAUUCAUGAAGCGACAACCAUCCCGCUUCAGGAGAGCAAUGAAUUCUCCAGGCAAGACUUCCAGCUUCUCCUCCAUGGACACACAAGAGCAGGAGUAG